CGUGCUAAAAUAGAGAAAGGAAUACAAUUCAUUAUUUCAGUCAGCACUUUUUCUUCUGACAAUUUAAGAUUGUGGUUAUGGCGUAAAUUGGUAUAUUUUGUCACGAAAUCGUAAAAGUAGAGUGUUCUUGAAAAUAAACUAUGGCAACGCGAGGAGACAGAGGUGUUGGGAGAGUUUUAGAUAAAUUAGAAGCGUCUAUAAACGCGGGUCAAUAUUAUGAAGCACAUCAGAUGUACAGAACACUUUAUUUUAGAUUCCUUAGCCAGAAAAAAUAUACAGAGCUAUUAAAUUUAUUAUACAAAGGAUCUACGCUGUUGCUUCAACGCGAUCAACAAGGCAGUGGAGCAGACUUGGCAAUAUUGCUCAUCGAUGUUUUGACGAAAUCUGAGACCAAACCAUGCGAAGAAUGGAUCGACAAAAUAGCCAAACUAUUUGAAAUCAUGAGCGCAAGUAUACCUGAAAGGGAAACAUAUCUUAGCAAUGCUGUAAAAUGGUCGAUGGAUAGCAACAAGAAAGGACACCCAUUACUUCACAAGAAAAUUGCAGAAGUAUACUGGAAAGAGAAAAAAUACACAGCUGCCCACAGACAUUUCUUACACUCUAGUGAUGGAUCUGCUUAUGCUAAUAUGCUUAUAGAAUUGCAUACAACAAAGGGAAUCAAGUCAGAAAUAGAUUUGUUCAUAGCGCAAGCGGUAUUACAAUUCCUGUGUUUACGGAACAUACAAAUGGCCAUAGAGACCUUUGACACAUAUACAGGAUCACAUCCAACCAUUAAGAAUGACAAAGGGCCACCAUACUUAUUCCCAUUAUUAAAUUUUCUUUGGUUCUUACUACGCGCUAUUGAAGAGAAACAUGUCCAUCAAUUCAAGGUACUUAGAAACUGGUACGCAAUUAGCAUAAAAAGGGAUCCAAAUUACUCAGUAUAUCUAGACAAUAUUGGCCGCAUUUGGUUUGGAAUAGAAAUACCACCAGAUCAUAAAAACGCCAAUUCAAUGUUUGGAGGCCUCUUAAAGACGAUCAUUGGCGAUGUUGAUAGUUCAGACGAUGACGGAGAAACAAUGGGCAGAAAUGCAUCAGCCCCUGAUUUAGACUGAUAUGUUCAAUGCAUAAGUUCAUGACAGUAGUUUGGAUGACAUGUGGGCUUGGUCAUUGUUACAUCACAUUUGAAUUUGUAUAAGUAUCGCUGCUCUGUGAUUGGUCAGUUUUAUGGAUGUGUUCAUAACUGUGACUUAACGAAUGAACUAAGCAAUUAUAAUAGUCUGGUUUUAUCUCCAAUACGGCUGUGGUGUAUCGUAGGCAACAGUGAUGUAGAUUUGAUAUUGCACUGCGUAAUAGAAGAAUAGUGAAUUGAUUAGUGUAUUUUUACAGUAAUAAUACAAAUUCAUGUUACCUAAAUAUAUGUCAAUUUGGAUGGAAGGAUUUCGCAUUGUGUGAUAUACCACUGGUUGUGUAGAGUUCAAUGGUUUCUAUUCUGAAUGUUCACAAGAACUUUUACAUCAUUACAACUGAAGGCAAGAAAAGUGUAUAUGUUUCACAUUAUUUAUUUAACUAAAAUUAUACUUAUAAAUUGAAAAUAUAUCCAUUAUUUACUUAUGAAUAAU